GCUGCACGCCUGUCUGCGGAUGCCUUGCAGUGAGGCGGCGAGCUGCACUUGGCACGCUGGCUUCAGAGACACGCGGUUCUGUUCCGACUCAGUGCCCACACUCGUCUACGUCCCUUAUCCUGGUGACGUCACCCAAGACUGCUUGCAGCUGAUUGCAGACCACGGUACGCCAACUAUCCGGAAAGGCGCCUACACCUUUGUGCCCUGGCUGCUGAGCUUCAAGAGAGGCCGGGCGCUGGAGGAGCGGGACCACAAGAUCCUCGUCAAGGAGGCCGGCUACUUCUUCAUCUACGGCCAGGUCCUGUACACCGACCCCACCUUCGCCAUGGGCCACGUCAUCCAGAGGAGGAAGGUGCACGUCUUCGGGGACGAGCUGAGCCUGGUCACCCUGUUCCGCUGCAUCCAGAACAUGCCUCAGACGCUGCCCAACAACUCCUGCUACUCUGCAGGCAUCGCCAAGCUGGAGGAAGGGGACGAGCUACAACUCGCCAUACCCCGGGAAGACGCAAAAAUAUCCCGGGACGGAGACGCCACGUUCUUCGGAGCCUUGAAGCUGCUGUGACCCACGGACACCUUGCCUGGGGCUCUCCCCACCCCCCCACCCCAUUUUCUGCACCUCGGGCUGGGGGUGGGGUGGGGUGUGGGGGUGGACGCUCUUAACUGGAAAUACCAAAGGGUAAAGUCAAGGUCAUUGCCAUAACCCUUGCUGUGAGCUGUUUGUUUUGGUUUGUUGAAACCAGACCAAAACAGGAAAUUUAAGAGCCAGCCACUGCCAAAGGGCGUCAUGUGAAUUACGAGAAAUUGAGUCUAUUCAGAGAAAGAUAGAUAGACUCAGGCUCUCUCUCUCUCUCUCUCUCUCUCUCUCUCUCUCUCUCUGUUGAUCCAUGUUGAACAUUUGAGUCAGAGCGUCCUGUCUUGGAGGAGAGUGGGGAGUUUUCAUUGGUCUCUUCUUACAAAGCCUGGGUUCUAUCACUUCCUGGCAGGCCCCACACCCCCAGGGCAUAAGACACAUGGGGAGACCCCAGGAGUUGCCCUUUCAGGCAGUGAACACUGGGGACGGUCAGAGGCUAAGCAGAACCAUGCAAAUCUGAGACAGGAAGUGGAACUAAGUGUCAAAAUACAUCCUACCGACCCAUUGGCAUCACAAUGGGCUGUCUGUCGGUCCUGUGCAUGUCUGUCUUCCUGGUUCAGGUCUGAGGCAUCUGUCUCCGUGGUUGAGGACCCCUCAGAACACGCCAGACACUGCUCUCAGAGAUGACUCCGGAGUCCGCGUAUUUCCACAGCUGGUUUCAGUUCCUGCCUUAGGCUACGACAGUAAAAUGUCUGGAAACCAACUGGGACAAGGACUUGUCCCACCGAGAGACUUAUUAAAAGAUGAGUGUUGUGUUUAGGCCGUGAGGGGAGACAGUUCUCUCCUGAGCAGGGGCACAGGACCCCCGUCACCUGACUCUGCAGCUGUUGCACUCGGUACUCUGAACCACUGUGGUUGCUAUUUUUAAUGACUUGGCACAUUUUGCCCGUGGGUGUGGAAGCUGACCACGUCAAGUGUGGUGAGCACUGAGUCCCAUGCAGGCUGGUUCCAGUUCAUGGCUGGCACCACUGAGUGAGAAGCAUGACUGCCCUCACCAGCAAAUACCCAGUGUGCAGAGGAGCACAGUGGCCGGUCAUGCUGGAAUGCCUUUCCCCUUUUGUUCCCUCCCUUUUUGUCUGAAACUGCUGCUAUUACAGUUCCCAACCUUCACAAAAUGCCCCUGUUGCCAGCUUCCAGACACGGAGGCUCCCUCCAAAGCCUCCUGAAGUGGGUUCUGUGCCAGGCUCGCCAGCAGGUUUCUGGACAGCCGGACGCCAGCAUCCCGAGUCUCAUUUGCUGGAUUUGCUGGAGGGCUACCUUUGGAGAAAGCCCUACGACUCUUUCUGUGACAUCACUUUCCCUCCCCUUGCCUGUCUCUGAACAUGUCUCUUCAAGAUUCUGGUUUCACAGUCCUCUGCUUCAAGCUUGAGAGGUUCUCAUCCAGCUCAGUUUCUCUCCAGUUCACAUCACAGCGUUUUGAAGACAUACAUGCUUUUUGAAACCAAAUGAUUUGGGUUUUGUCCUUGAAUUCGAACAUUGUUUAAAACUCUGAUUUCUGGGUUUUUUUGUUUGUUUGUUUUAGUUAGGCUGUAUUUGCUUUAUAAUACUACAAUUACCAAGAAGUGAUGAUUGGGGAGGGGAUCCAAUCGUAAGAGGAGCUCAACCAGUCUCUUGAGAGUCUCCACUGACUUGGAUGCCCAAAUAAAACAUCUCGGUGGCAUCUGUCUCCCCUUCUGGUUUUGUCCAACCUCAUUUCAUCAUCCCUGGGCUGCUCUCUACAUAGCAAAAUGUCAGUUUAAAAAUAGGUGCGACCAGAAAGACAACGUAAUGCUUCUGCAGAAGACUUUGAUGCCUUAGGCUUCUUGGUCCCAGGUUUAAUCCCCAGCACCACCAACGGCCAGAACUGAGCAGGGCUCUGAGGGCGGAGGGAGGAGUGAGUGAGCAAUUCUGAAACAUGACAAAGUCGUGCUGUGUUAGGAUACAACAGUAAAACAUUUGAAAGCGUCA